GCAGUCAGUCUAUAGCAAAUCAUGGAUCGGAAAAGACGUCUAGCAUUGCUCCUAUUACUACGUCACCGCCGAAAUCGACGCAAGAUCACAAGACGGUACUGGAUCAGUCCUUUCAUUUCAUUAAGAAAUCGUGAUGGACAGUUUUUUUUUUUAGAAUAUCGGGAGUUGCUAUUAGACGAAAAGAAGUUUUAUAAUUUUUUUAGAAUGAGUGUAUCCAGCUUCGAAUGUUUAUUGAAGUCCUUAGAACCACACAUACGAAAAAACUAUACUAAUAUGAGGAAUCCAGUGGAACCAGUAGAAAUGCUGGGAAUCACUUUAAGAUACCUAGGAAGUGGAAAUUCAAUAACUGAUUUACAUUUCAAAUUCAAACGGGGAAAAUCUACUAUUGCAUAUAUAAUACAAAGAGUUUGUCGUGCUAUAUGGACCAAUCUUCUUCGAGACAACAUCCCUGAACUGACAACUGAAAGUUUCCAAACAAUAGCGAGGGGUUUUGAUGUAAAGGCAAAUUUUCCUCAAUGUGUUGGUGCCAUCGACGGCAAACAUAUCCGCGUGUGUAAUCCUGCAAAUAGUGGCUCACUUUUUUUUAAUUAUAAAGCCUUUUUUUCGAUUGUGUUGCUAGCUAUUGUGGAUUCAAAUUACAAAUUCGUAUUUGUCGACAUCGGUGCAUACGGAAAAGAAUGCGAUUCAACCAUAUUACAAAAUUCUAAACUGUACGAGCUAAUGAUUAACAACAACUUACCACUACCUCAACCCCAGCCACUCUCUGGUAGCAAUAUACCAACCCCGUAUGUAUUUGUGGGUGACGAAGCUUUUGGACUGAGCAAACAUAUUAUGCGUCCAUAUGGCGGUCAAAAUCUCGACUUACAACAAAAGGUUUUCAAUUACCGUCUAAGCAGAGCCAGAAGAUAUGUCGAAUGCGCUUUUGGGAUUAUGGCUAACAAAUGGCGCAUUUUUCACAGACCGAUAGACGUGUCCUAUGACUUCGCUACUGACAUUAUAAAAGCAUGUUGUGUAUUACACAAUUUUGUCGCUGAUCGAGACGGUUUUAGACAAAGAGAUAAAUUUGCUAUAAGUGUUGAUGAAUUUCUCCCAAUACAACCCGUACAUGAAGAACAGACAGCACCGAAUGUCAUAAGACAGCAAUAUGCGACCUAUUUUAUGACUAGAGGAACUCUGCCUUGGCAGCUAAAUAAGGUAUAAUUGUAUUAUGAGGGUUUUCAAGAUUUUCUUGCACCGCCAAUUCCGCGAUCAGUAAAAAAAUAAUAUUUUAUACCUACUCAGCGUAGUCUAGGUUAGUUUUGAGCUAAGUAAUAAAAUAGUACUCACG